AUGCACGGCAUCAAGCUCAUCCGUAGAUCAUACUCCAGCCCUCAUCUCACCUGCAUAAAGUACCCUCAAACACUUGAAGUCCUCUGCAAAAUUCACGACGGCGAGUGUGGUAACCACUUGAGGGCCAGGUCACUUGCCCAGAAAACUCUAAACGUAGGCUAUUUCUGGCCUACCAUGCGCCACGACUCCGCUGAAUAUGUCAAAAAUGUGAUCAUUGCCAACGAUACAAGCCGAUCCCUAAUCUGCCUGCCGAAGUUUACCAUCCGUAAAACAGUCCAUGGCCAUUCAUGUAAUGGGCCAUCGACUUAG